AUGGCCUGGGGUUUGCUUCCUAGCGACUGGAACCCCUCAGCCUGGGCAAGCCAGUGGCUUACUCAAAUACCUCUAGAGUCUACUGCCAAGUGCAGCCCGGCAGGGUUAUCUCUCCCCGAUAUCACUGGAGUGAGCAUACUCUCUAUCGAAGCCUUCGAGCAAAGAAAUCAUACAUACGUUCCUGGCCCGUUUGCAGCAGGCCUGCCAGACUCCAAAAUUAUCGCAGGCCUCAACUUCUGUAAUGUCACUGUCACCUACACACAUCCAGGUUGGCACGACAUAAUCAACGUCAAUACUCUGCUUCCCACCGACGAUUGGAACGGUCGAUUCACGGGUAUCGGUGGAGGCAAUCUUGCCACUGGGGGAGGGAUGGUGGCAGAAUUCUUGAUGAUGCCUAUUAUGGCAUCAGGAUUUGCUACCGCCACCACUGAUGGCGGGCACUCGUCAGACGUUCUUGGUCCUGAGGCUAACGAACCUUCCUGGGCUCUGGCCAGCCCUGGCAACGUCAACUGGCCAUUGUUUAUGGACUUCGCCUCCGUUGCGCUACAUGAUACGGCCACUAUCGGCAAGGCGGUCGCAGAAGCGUUCUAUGGCACCGCACCAACGUACUCAUACUUCCAUGGCGGUUCUACUGGCGGCAGACAAGGUCAUAUGCUUGCGCAAAGAUAUCCAAAGGACUACGACGGUAUCGUUGCUUUGUUUCCUGCUGUGAACUGGGUCAGAUUUUUCUGGGCCACCUUUUGGCCAAAGUUCGUCAUGGACAAAUUGCGCACUUAUCCCCGAUCUUGCGAGUUUGAUGCUAUCACGACCGCUGUUCUGUCCGCCUGCGAUAAGCUAGACGGUCUAGAAGAUGGGAUUAUUUCUAGGAUUGAUCUCUGUGACUUUGACCCCCAGGACGUCGUAGGAAAGGCAAUUGACUGCGACGGUGGUGAGACAACAGUGUCUUCUGCGGCUGCGCAUGUGAUCAAAGCGACAUGGGAUGGGCCUCGAAGCUCCACGGGCGAGUUUCAAUGGUACGGGUUCAGCAAAGGCACUAAUCUAACACAGCCACUCACUGGACCGAUACAGAUCCAUUGUAAUGAAGAAGGCUCUUGCCAGGCCGAGUCACUCGCUGUUUGGGCUCGAUACUGGGUCAAAAAAGACCCCUCGUUCGACAUAAGCUUAAUAACGCAUCAGGAAUGGGAUGAUCUUGUACACGAUUCUGUCAAUGAAUACGACUCCAUUAUCGGAACCUCGGACCCGGAUUUAUCUGCUUUCAAGAGAAGGGGUGGCAAGAUGGUCAACUGGCAUGGAACUGUAGACGCGGCUAUUCCAUUCAACGGGAGCACCGACUACUACGACCGUGUCUUAAUCCGUGAUCCAGAGGCUCCUGAUUACUAUCGCUUUUUUGUGGCUCCUGGCGUCGGCCACUGCUUCCACUGCGGACCUAGUCCUCCACCGACGAUGGAAUACAUUGUUGACUGGGUGGAGAAGGGUAUAGCUCCUGACACGUUGCGAGCCUCGGGACCAAACGGACUUGGUGUUCAGGUGGAAAGAGACAUCUGCAUGUAUCCCAAGGUCCAACAUUAUGUGGGAGGGGAUCCAACAGUGGCCUCGUCUUUUAUUUGCGUCUAG